AGGGGCGGCGGCGGGUCGCAUUUGUUCUUCGCGAGAGGAAGGAGCAGGAGCAGCAGCAGCGCUAUCUGUGUGGGGCGAGGUGCAGGGAGGGGCGUGGCAGCUCUGCCUGUUUGCCUGGGUAACCUGAGAAGGCGGGCGCGGCUGGCUGCUCGAGGGGCUUGGUUUUUACCUGCGGAACCUGUCGAGCCGCUCCAGAGAGCAGGAAGGGAGCACAGGAGUCGCGGCGGCGGAGCGAGACUGCGAAGGAGAAGAAGAAGGAGAGGCGCCGGUGGUGGUCGCUGCACCCCCUCAGCCGCCUUGCUGCUUCCCCGUCGACCUGCCGCCUCCUCCUCGCUCGCCGGCCAUGGGGUGGCCUCGUGGGGCUCUGCUGCUGCUGGUGGCGCUGCUGGCGCUCGCCGCCACCGUGUGCCGCGGCUGCACAUGUGAGAAGAACAAACGGACACAAAAUUGCGUUGUAGAUGGUGAUGACUGCAGAUGUGUAUCAAUUGGGUCUAAUAUGACAGUGAGCUGUAAAACAUUGACUUCAAAAUGCCUGCUGAUGAAAGCAGAAGUGUCUGCCUUCAAGGCUGGUAGAAGGGAAAAACCAAAACAUGCAUUUGUAGACAAUGAUGGCAUUUACAAUCCAGAAUGUGACAGCCAAGGCAACUUUAACGCUAAGCAGUGCAACGGGACAAGCACUUGCUGGUGUGUAAACUCUGCUGGAGUACGAAGAACUGAAAAAAGUGACAAAAACAUCUCGUGCAGUGAAGUAGUCAGAACAAGCUUCAUUUUUAUUGAGAUGAAACAUCUCGAGAGGAACACGGCUCCGGAGAACCUGGAGAAAACCAUCAUAGAUGUACUUUCUCAGCGUUACAACCUCAAUCGAAAGCACAUAAAUGUUACGUAUGAAAAGCCUUAUAUUACUAUUGAGCUGAAACAAAAUACUUCAGAUAAAUUGGUCUCGGAUGCAGAUAUAGCUGAUGUGGCAUACUACUUUGAAAAAGAUGUCAAAGGGGAUUCCCUGAUUGCAAAUGAUAAAUUCGAAAUCCUAGUUGCAGGAGAACCUUUGCAGCUUGAAAAUACUGUCAUCUACUAUGUUGAUGAAAAGCCACCAGAAUUUUCAAUGAAACGUUUGACUGCUGGAGUUAUUGCUGUCAUUGUGAUUGUAGUACUGGCAAUAGUUGCUGGUAUUCUCGUACUGAUCUUUACUAGAAGAAAGAGGGGGAAAUAUGAAAAAGCUGAGGUAAAGGAACUGAAUGAAAUCCCCAGAGAACUGAAAUCUUAACUACUGUAACAUAAGGAGGAACAUGGCAAAACACAUCUGACUGAAGAUUAUGGACUUUUUAAAUACAUCCCUGUAGUUUUAGAAGAUACUUCAAAUUUUGAGCCUAGAAUGAUGUGUUGCAUUUGGUGGGGCUGUAAAGUUUAUUUUAGAAUGUCAUUUCUCUGUGACAAUUACUGAUGUAAUAUUAGUGAUGUCUUGACAGAUGUGUACUAAAUGAGACCAACUUAUGUAAACACUUUAAAAAUGUCUGGCAACUUACUAAAUGUCUUGGCUGUUAGACAUAUCUCCAGCAUACAAUGGAGGUUGGUAUUUUUUUAAAUGUUUGUAAAUAUUAUUCUUAAAAUUUACUGAAUUUUUUUUACAAGUGAUGAAUUUAAUAAAUCCUGGAACGAACCUUA